UACCCCGAGCUCUAAUUAUACAUAAAUUAUAAUUAAUGUCAAUAUACUUUAGAAUAAAUACAUAUCAAGAAGUGUGUGUCUUUGGCCAUUAGACUGUUACACUAUGGGCCACCAUGUCGCGCAAGGCGCGGUGGUGAUAGCGAUGGCAUUUUUAGCCAGUGCACUCGUCGACAUACCAGCUGAUUUGAAAAGUGGGAAAAUGUCACGAUAUGGUGCUUGUAGAAAAUUGUUUUCUCAAAAUAUCGAGAACUUUGCAAUAGAAUCCGAAAAUCAUGGAUCGUACAAGAAAGUUUGCAACUGCAGUUUUCAUGUUGAUCCUCCACAAUCUGGAUUACGAAUUAAAUGCCAUUUUGCCAAGGAUACAUUGAUUCCGAUUUCUGUUGAUGCAUAUCGACACUUGGGUCAAAUUUUGUAUUUUCUCAUUCAGUAUAGAAUAAGGGGAACAGGGGAUCCUUGGCUUGAAAAACGAAUUGAGGUUUCGGCAAAUCCCCAAGCUCAAAUUGACAUGGACCUUGGAAGCGGUGAUCCGAAUGUUUAUGAAGUUAACGUAUACGCAGUUUUGAGUGACAACACAAGAAGACUGAUCCUUUCAGAUCAAUUAUCGGCCGCUACCGGAAGUAGCAUAUUUCCGACUGGCACUCAUAACAAAUAUCCUGGGAAUAAAGUUACAGAACACAGUCAAACUCAAUACACACAGAGCUUUAGCAUGAGUUUUGACAGAGUCACUGACACGUCGAUGGAUAUUACAUUUACUACAGACAACCCGGAGGUUUUCAAAGUCGAAUACAUCGACAACGGAGAAAAACUUUUAAUUCACCUCGAUGAAAAUGGUCAAGCUACUCUGAGUGGUUUAACUCCUUCCACAGACUAUAUUUUCAUUGUGUCGUAUUAUAGAGACGGAGAAUAUGUUGAAAUGAGAAGGAAAACAGUCACAACGUCUGCUGGUGCUGGAGGCGGAUUUUACACGAACACAUAUAAGCCUACUUACAACUUUAACAAACAAGAUGUCACUCUUGAAUGCCCUGUGAUACAAGACGUCGCAAUUCAAACGAUUGCCUGGUAUAAAGGCGAAGAUCGCACGGAUGCAGAACUUAUUGCAUCUUAUAAUGUUGAUUCGAGCACAACAACGUAUGCAAGUGACAGAGAUCCCAAGAUCGAGGUGGUGGACGGAACUGUUCUAAAAAUCAAAGACGCGACACCAGACUAUGCAGGACACUACAAAUGCCGUUUUACACUAUACGGAUCACAAGACACAACAUGGCAAAAUGCUUAUCGACCAGAUUUAGUGACGCUGUACAUUACUUGGGAGACUAGACCGGGGAUAAGAGCUUAUUAUAUUCAAUACAGGCCAUAUUACCAAGACGCCUCUGGUCGUUGGUAUGUUAUUACUCUUCCGGACACUGAUCGACCAAGCACUCUUGUGAAAGACCUGACGCCACAAACAAGAUAUUCGUUCAGAGUUUACGAUUACAGUGGCGGAAUACAAGGAGAUCUUCUGGAUACACUCGAUGAAACAACAGGGAGACUCAACGAGGAAGGAGAUUUAGAACCUCCCGAACCAGUACUCCCAGAUCCUUGCGGUCGCUAUUAUUGUGGAAGAGGUCGAUGUAUUUCAAUUCCAACUGUUCAUUGCGAAUGCGAUCAAGGUUUUACUGGAGAAAGAUGCGACAUUGCGAUUAAUCUGUGUGAUUCUGAUCCAUGUCAAAAUGGCGGAACCUGCCAUUCUCAGUUUGAUCGGUAUCUCUGUCAAUGCAGAAGGGGAUUUUCUGGAGAUAACUGUGAACGAGAACGAACUCUUUGUAAUCCAAAUCCAUGCCAGCAUAAUGGUGUUUGCAUUAGCUCAAGAACCGGCUAUAACUGCAGAUGUAAACAAGGAUACGGAGGUUCCAGAUGCCAAACUUUUGACACUCGCAGCCCAUGUGAUACCACCCCUUGCUUGCAUGGUAAAUGUACAGUUCUCGGAAGAAAUUAUCAUUGCGAAUGCAACCGUGGUUACGAAGGCAGAAAUUGUGACCAAAUUGACAACGAGCCAUCAAUACUUCUCCGUUGCGGAAUCCAGGAAGAAACGUACGGAAGAGCUGACAUGAUUCAAUGGGUCGCUGUACAAGAUAGUGGUCGAAGACAAGAAAUCUAUACUUAUGAUGUUGCGAAUAAUCGAAAAACUGAGAGAAAUGUUGCCCAGUUCAGAGAUAGAUUGUCGAGUCCAACCCCAGAUAGUCUUCUCAUCAGAGAUGCAACACUAUCUGAUGUAGGCACAUACGAGUGCAUUGUAUCUUAUACUGACAUCAGGAUCACUCCAUCACCAAUGAGACUAAUUCAAGUUCCUUAUGACGACACAAGAGUAACAGUGCGUUGGAGGCCAAAUCGAAUGUUUAUCGACCAUUACAAUGCUAAAUAUAGGGACGUAUACAAUGAAGAUGAUUUCGUGACAGUUGAAAUUCCGCGUGGAUCUAGUCAACAUACAUUCAAUGAUCUCGAGCCUGGUAGCGUUUAUGAAAUAGCAAUCACUCCUUACACUCGACCUGGUGAAGUCAAUCAAGACAUUGUUUAUGAUGUCCUUCCGUCAACUUCACCAACCACUGCAGCAACAACACCGACUACUACUCGUCCACCCUCGAGGGCUGACAAACAAUAUGAUCGUAUUGACGUCACAGUGUAUGGACCAUCUAAACCAGUAGACAUCGGAAGCACAACUUAUAUUCAUUGCGUAUACCCAAGUUUUGAGGAAUACAAACCUGUCAUUGCAUGGAAGAAAGUUAAUGGAAAUAGGAGUGUGUACGUGUAUAACCAGCAAAUGCCACCAAGAUCUUCGCGAAAUAGAAUUUCAAUGACCACCGAGAGACAACUCCGCAUUAAAAACUUCCAGCAAACUGAUGCUGGAAUAUAUGAAUGUACUGUUAAGUAUGACACACCAUAUACUCAAAAAGUCGGAACGGGAAGCGUGAAUCUUGAUUCUGCUGAGGUCGAAGAACUUCCAGCUCCGACAAGGUUCAGAGCAGAUAUCACGGGACCAACCACUACAGUCUUGACUUGGCAAGCACCCAGAGUUCGAGGAAUCACUGGCUAUGUAGUUAUAUAUUAUCCUACUAAUCGUCAGUUUGGUGCACAAGAGAGAAGAGAAGUUUCAACACCGCAGGUGGUUUUGGAUGAUUUGGUGGAGGGAAAUGAAUACAAGGUUGAAAUCAGAGCUUCCGAUAGCAGAAGAUACUCAGAACCAUUAGAGGGCUUAUUUGAGCAACUGGUUGAAUUACUUCCGGCACCAACCAACUUCCAGGCUGAAAUGUUGUCUAAAACCCAAGCCCGCGUAAGUUGGGAUCGUCCUUCUUCUGGUGACAUCACUGGUUAUAAAGUGCAAUAUUGGGAUGUCAGUCAACCUACAGAUGAUACUAUAGUUACAAGGGUAACCAGGUUGAAUCAAAUAGUGUUACCUGAACUAAUUGAUGGCAAACAAUACCAAGUUUGGAUUCAGUCUUCGAAAGGUUCAAAUCUUUCGCCACAUCUUGCUGGUCAAUUUACAAAGACGACUCCCGCAGCCCCCAAUCCUCCAACUCAAGUCAAAUUUAAAAACGUCGAAAAUGACAGAGUCACUGUAUACUGGGAUGCACCACCUGGAUGGACGUCUUCAGAUAAAUAUCGCGUUACUGUUCAAUCGCUGAACGAAGAUUUCCCUUAUUCAAAACAAUACCCUGAUUCUGCUCAAAACCUGCAACAAGUAAACCUGCUUCGUCCCGGUGUGACAUACAGGUUUACCGUCAAUAGUGUGCGGAAUGGAGUCCUCAGUGCACCUGCCUACCAACUUAUAAAAACAGUUGAAGUUAUUGCACUUUCUGCUCCCUAUCCUGAUAGUGUGACUUUGGAAUGCAAAGCAAAAGUUUCUGGAAGACCAUACCGAGUACGAUGGUACAAAGUGAGAUCUGAUGGCAGAGAACAAAUAAUACUCACAUCCGUUUCUACAUCUCGUAGAAAUCAGACAACUCCAAAUCCUAGCAAUCUACAGUUCAGAGGCCGACUCAGUAGUCCAUCCAUCACUGAACUGACAAUUCAAAACAUACAAUAUCCAGAAGACUUCGGAAGGUAUAAGUGCGCCGUAACAGCCCCAAGCGGCACCGGAUCAGACUUGAUGGAAAUCGUUGCAAAAUAUCCCGACAGCAUUGCACCUCCUUAUAAAUUUGCGUUUCGGUUUGUAAAUGAGAGAGACGUGGUUGUAACGUGGCAGCAUCCAUAUCCCGAAGACAUCACCGGAUAUGCCGUUCGUUACUGGCCAACAUCUCGUAGAUAUGGACCUGAAAAGGAAUUAGAAACAUCUACUACGGAAGCAACUUUGACCGGUCUUGUGAAAGGAACAGAAUAUCAGGUUGAAAUCAAAUCGAAAAUUAACGAUAGAGUUUCAGAUGAUUCUUUAGUUGGUGCCUUCAUACGUUUUGCAGACAAAGUUAGUGAUGUUAGAGUUCACCGAUUACCUGAUGGUCAAGAGUUGAUCAUAAGUUGGCAAAAUCCAGAAGAUAUUGACGGAAUAUUGUUUUCUAUAAGAAACCCUAACACACAUACAUGGAACGAUCAACCGCCAAUGUCACCUGACACAACUUCAAGAAGGAUUCGUUUACCGAUGGCCCCGGGAGAAACUGCCUCAUUCAAGAUUAGCACAUUGAAAAAUAACAUUCCUACCCCGGUGGUGUUUAACUACACAGAAAUCGAUGUCAUCGAAAUUGAAGAUACUGGGACAAACCCACCGAUCGCGACACCGACAAACAAACCCGGAGAUGACAGAUCUCCUUUGCCUUAUCCAUCACCGGUAUCAAACUUGCAAGCCGAGGCACUUAGUCCUACAUCACUGAGAGCUAGAUGGGAACCCACUCCUGAUGUUUACUUUGACAACUACAAAGUUGUCAUUUUGAAUGCUGCCAAUCAACAAGAAUAUGAGAGGUUCGAUAUUGUAGAUUCUAAAAUAGAAGUCACAGGAAUGCCUGCAUAUCAAACAUAUGAAAUUCAAGUAUAUACAGUUCGGAGAGGUAUUUCAAGCUUUCCCGUCGUUACUCUGGUUCGACUAGGAGAUGUAGAACAAGUUCCUCCAGAUGAACCUGAGCCAACUAGAGAGGAUAAAUUGUCUUUAGAACGGGAACCUCAACCGUCCGAUCGAACCACUGACGAGGUACCGAUGCCAACAAACAUGAAAUUCACAAAUGUUAUGAGAUCAAGAUUCACAAUUUCAUGGGAUAGUCCUCGCGAUGAUAUAACAGAUUUCGAAGUAAAGUAUCGACCAGAAGAGAGUGGAGCAGAUUGGUAUCAAGUCACUGCAGAGGGUUACACCAGCGUCACUUUGAGAGGUCUUAAAUCUGACACUACCUAUGUCCUUUUGAUAUCUUCCAAAUUAGAAAGUGGAGAGAAAAGUGCCCCUCUUGCAGGAAGACAAAGGACACGUCCAGCAUCUGAGAGAAGGGUCAUUCUUCAUCAGCCAAUAGUCAGAGUACCAGAUGAAACCAAAACGUCAACAUCAUUUGUAUUGAAAUGGACUGAGCAAGAUGCAGAGCACAGAGUUACUGUUACACCUAUUGGUGGUGCUGGGCGUAGACAGAGACUUGAGGUACCAAGAGGAACAAGUUCAAUUGAAAUAACGGGACUUGAAACUGGAAAACGACACCGGACCACAGUUGAGGCCCUUUCGGGAGGAAGAAAAAGUAGACCAGCUGUUAUAUACACAACAACCAAGCCUAACCAGCCUGGAGAUUUGGAUGUAACUGCCUUGAGUUAUGAUUCUGUUGCGUUGAUGUGGACAGAACCAAUUUCGACGUUAACAACAGGUUACAAAGUCUUGUACUAUCCUCUUACAACUCAUACGUUGAAGGAAAUUGACGUUACUACAAACCGAGUUGAAAUAACUGAUCUUCAACCGGAUACAGAAUAUACUAUUCAGGUUCAAACCAAGCAAGGAAGUGAAAUGAGUGCUCCUGUUGCCACCACAAUAACGACAAGAAACGAGACUGUAUCAACACCAUCUAAAGCAAGAGUUUCUGUUUCUGGCAAUGAUUUUAUUGUACAAUGGUCACCUGUGCAAGAUGCAGAAGCUUAUGAGAUUACAAUUCAUCCCGAAGGCGAUGAAAGCAAAUCACACACAGAGACAGUUGAAAGCCCAACAACUACUUUAAGACUUCCUAAUGUUGAACCAGGCCAUUAUGUCAUAAGUAUCCAAUCGGUCAAGGAGGACUACCUCAGUCCUACUAUCGAUAUAACUGCACAUAUGCCUGUAAAACCUCCAACAAGUCUUCGAUUGACUGGCAUUACAAAUGAUGAGGUAACAGCAAUAUGGCAACCUCCUUCAAACUUGGGCUAUACUCCAAAAUAUGACGUCAUUGCCUUGCUCAACUCUGUUUUUACACCGCUUGAGCUACCAUCUGAAAAAAGGACAAAUCAGACAACAUAUACAUUCCGAAGGCUGCGACCAAAUACAGAAUAUCGCAUUGAAGUCAUAACACGAUACGGUGAUCAAAAGAGUGAGCCAAUUUCAGCAGUCGUAACAACAGCACCUGUGGAUCAACCAAGAAAUGUGCAGUCAAGAGUUAUAAAUGGCGUCAUUCGAAUUGAAUGGUCUCCAGUCGAUGGUGCGGAUAAUUAUGAGUUAACAUACCACCCGGUAGAUGAUGCUUCAAGGCCAGUUACGGUACAGCUACCCUCGGGAUCAGAAUAUUACGAUCUUCCAAAUGUUGGACCCGGACAAUAUGAAAUUGAAAUUGUCGCUGUGAAAGAUGACCAAAGAAGUCCAACUGCCACUGCUCGAGAACGAAUUGGUAUCGAUUCGCCUAGUAAUGUACGUUUCAGUGACAUAACUGAAGAUUCUGCUGUUAUUGAAUGGAGACCUCCGAGAACACGACAGCGUUUUUCAUAUGAAGUUAAACUGGUACCAGCUUAUGAUACCACUGGUACUCCAAUAACUGGUACAACUGAAAACAGAUGGUAUUCGUUUUCUGAUUUGAAGCCAGGAACCCGGUAUAAUGUUGAGGUUGUUUCGGUGUUUAUUGAUCAGAAAAGUUCCCCAGUUUCAAGCAGUUUUACAACAGAAAUACCAGUUGUCAGAAGAGUAGAUGCGCCAAAAGUACAUGGAAAUCAACCUGUUGACGUCAUUUGGCAAGAAGUACCAGAUGCUGACAGCUAUAUAGUCACCUAUUAUCCUAUUGGAGGAAAUCCGCAAACGCUCCAUGUCGCAGGAGAAACAAACAAUGUGAAGUUAUAUGACUUAGAACCUGAAACAGAAUAUGUUGUCAAAGUCACAACUAUUUAUAAUGGGGCCAAAGGUCCACCGAAAACAUUAGAAUUGACGACAGGUCCAGUUGGUUCUCCGGAAAAUCUAGAAACAAGACCAUCCAGCGACAGAGUACGAGUUGUCUGGUCGCCAGUUGAUCACAUUGACUAUUAUGAGAUUACUUACAAUCCAAUCCAUGAUCGAAGAAACUCUGUCACAAAACGUGUGUCUUCACCAUAUUAUGACAUCACAGGUGUAGAACCAGGCGAAUACGAGAUUACUGUAACAGCUGUAAAACAAGACCACAAGAGUCCAGCAUCUAGACUUACUGAAAGCAUUGGUGUUAAGCCACCAACCGACAUACAAUUUACUGAUGUGAGUGAAGAUGAAUUUAUUGUUGUUUGGUCUCCAUCACGAACACGUGGUCGUCCACGCUACGUCAUUCGUGUGACGAAUCCAGAAGACUUGACAUGGGAACCAACUGAAACUGAAACAGCGGACACUUUUGUGUCUCUUCGAAAUUUGACUCCAGGCACCACUUAUUUUGUGCAAGUUCUCGCUAAACGAGGAGAAGAACUUAGUUUACCUCUGGAAGGAUUUGUCACUACGGCGGUUCCAUCUCCACAAGGAGUUGAUGAAAGUCUUGUCCCAGGUGAAGAUGGAAGUAUUGAAGUUACUUGGCAUAGAGUUCCAAAUGCUGAUAAUUACGAAGUGACUUAUUAUCCUGUAGGAGGAAAUCCGGAGAUUCUCCUUGUUGAUGGAGAUCAAACCGGAACAGUGAUAUAUGACUUGCAACCUGAUACAGAAUAUACCAUAGAAGUAACCUCAAUAUUGAAUGACGUUGCCAGCCAGCCAACAACAAUUAAAGUUGUAACGCCCUUGAAAACUCCUGAAGACACUGAAGCGGAACCACUUACUAAUCGUGACAGGCCAGAUUCAACCUCAGUUCGUGUAAGAUGGGAUAUUGACGACACAGUGCCUGAGUAUGAGGUGAAAUACUACAGCGUAAUUCGCAUUGGAGAUGAAGAGAUAUAUGGCGAGCCUCGCAUUCUUAGAGUACCCUCUCGAGAUGGUGGAGUCACAAUCAACCAUCUUAUGCCAGCUACUGAAUACAUCGUCGAAGUCAAAGCUGUCAGUGGUCCAAAAACAAGCCAACCAGGAAAAGUUACAGUUACAACUCCUCUUGAUCGACCUGAUCGUGUUGACAUUGGGGAGCCAGGUGAAGAAAAUAUCACUAUUCAAUGGCAACAUCCUGUUGGUGAAGUAACUGAAUAUGUUGUAGAACUUGUACCAACUGAUGGAUCUGACGGCGUUAUAACUUUACCUGUUAGGCCUGGAAGAAACUCUAUUACAGCAACAGGUCUACAACCAGGCACGGAAUACGAGGUUCGAGUGGUAGCGGUCAAUAAAGACAAGAACAUUUCAUCCAGACCAGUUGUUGAAAGAAUAAGAACAAAACCCCGGGAUGUCAAACCAGGCAACAUCAGGAUGGAAGCGGCCUCAGAUGGUUCAUAUACGAUAACGUGGGACAAACCGGCAACGAGUAUAAAGAAUUACAUUAUAAGAUGGCAGAAGCGAACUGGCACACCAUCAGAAGACUCUUUAGCAGUUUCGGGUGAUCAAACUCAAGUUACAAUUCCUCAACUUUUACCAAACACAGAGUAUGAUAUCAUUCUGCAGUCUAUUUUAAAACCAGGAGAUCAGCCGAACAACCACAACAGCGUUACAAGACGAAUUCAAACAGAAAUUCCAGGUCUUCCAGACUCAAUAACUUUGCCGAGUGUCACUGACACUUCUGUAGUAGUUCAAUGGAAUCCCCCAUCGCAGGUUGAUUACCUGACUGGUUACAGAGUUGAAGUGUAUACAGACGACAGUGCAGUUCCAGUAAAGGCCCUUGAUGUACCAAAGACACAAAACAGGGUGACUUUUCCAGGCCUCAAACCAAACACCAAUUACAUAGUAAAAGUCACACCACAUAUCAACAGAAGACCAGGUCAACCAGCAACUCAAUCAAUUACAACAGAUGCUCUUAGAACAGUGCCAAUGCCAGAUUAUGUAAGCAUCCCGGAAUCUACUUCAGAAGAUAUUGUAAUACAAUGGUACGCUCCCCAAAAUCAUGAUUAUAUCACUAAGUACAAUGUUCAAGUUGUUGACGUAGAUGGAAAUGUGAUUGUCAAUGAAGACGUAGCACCAGAUACAUAUACCUACACAGUAACAGAUUUGAAUCCUGGUACAUCCUACGAUGUUUAUGUUCGUUCUUUUAUAAACGACAGAGAGAGUGAGCCUGCAUCAGAAAUAGCAAACACUCUUCCCGAACAACCACAACGAGUGACAACAGCCGGUGUUUUACCCAGACAAUUUGAAAUUACCUGGGAUCGACCAGCUGGCGAAGUUAUUGCAUACUUGGUAAAUGUAGAACCUCAAGACAAUCCAAACGCUGAAGAACUUUUCUUUGAGACUGAGCAACCAAGCAUUCUAAUUCCAGAUGCGGAACCAGACACGACUUACACGAUUCAAGUUAUCACAGUAGGACCAGGAAACUUUGAAUCAGUGCCUACAACCAUCACUAUGAAAACACCAGAAGUCAGCGAUAGCACAACUACACCACCACAAGAAUUUCGACCAGAAGAAUCUAUUUCUUUAAUUCCAGGACAACCAGAAUUUGUUAUCAAUUGGGAGCAACAACCAGAUGAACCUGUUGUAUCAUACCAGAUUUUGUAUCGAAUUCGAGGAGAUGAUAAGACUAAUAUUAUCACAGUCCCAUCAGGAGUUGGGCAAACCAUACUUUCAUCAGUCGAACCAACCGCAGAAUACAUUAUUUGGGUCAAGGGAUUGCUUGACAAUGGAGAGAUUAUACCAGUUCCAAUCAUUGACCACGAGAUAGUCAGUAUCUUAUCACCAGACAAUUACAUGCCACUGACUAAAGACCCAGUAACUGUACCAGCAGAUGGUAAAAUAUCCAUCAUUUGGGAAACACUGGGACCAGAUGUUACAGAAUAUGGAAUAUCUUAUUUGAAACCUGACUCAGAAGAACCAUACCAAGUUGUGGUUCCUGGUACAUACACUAGUACUCAGCUGAGUGGAUUAAGACCAGAUGACGAAUAUGUCAUAACGGUGAUUGGAAUGAGGAAUGGUCAAGAACCAGUUGUCGUUCAGAAUGUUAAUUAUGGAACCUCUGAUUAUGUUCCUGAUGAAUCUGCUGUAACGGGUUCUACCCCAACUGGUCAGGUGACCGUACAAUGGAUCACAGACAUAGAACCAGAACAAUUAGAGAAAGUUAUUGGUUAUACAAUUAUCUUUGAUCGAAAAUGUUGUAUUGGAGAACCCGAAAUGGCAUAUGUUCCUGGAAAAGAUGCAGAAUCGGCUACUUUAGGAAUGCUGGAACCUGGAAUAGAGUAUAUUUUCACCGUUCAAGCAACGACUGCUGAUGGACAAAAUAUUCCUGUGCAAGAUAUACAAUUAAUCAAUGUACCCAAACUACCAGAAACAAGAGUGACUGGAGGUCUCAACCCACCCACCAUUGCCGGAGUUGAUGGCCAAGGUUAUGCAGCAACUGUUUUCUGGAAUCCACCAAGACAAGGUCGCAUUCCUCUCACUCAUUAUGCAGUGAGCUAUAUCCCAGUUGACAACCUACACACACGACCUUUGACUGUGCUGGUUCCAAAAACGGAAAGAUCGCAUACAGUGACUGGACUCGCUCCAGAUACCUUGUACCGCAUACGCGUUCAGUCAGCAAACUUGCCUUCAAAGACAACUUCUGAUGCUGUCACUGCUUCUUAUCUCACGCCAAUCGACUCUCCCGCAGUUACAGAUGAUUAUGUGGAGCCAGUACCUACCGACGACACAUCCAUUUCAAAUCCUGCCUUCACAACAACUCCUGCUCGAACCAUUUCAAUAAGAACGAGGCCAUCUAUCAGACCAGAUAGAACAACCACAACAGGCAUACCUGAGCCACUUAGAAGCACCAGUAGAACAUCAACUUUGACUCCAAGUACAACCAAUACAACAAGAAGGCCUUCUGCGCCUACCACAACAGUCUCAAUACCCACAGAUUUUGAUGAUGACACCGAUACCAUAACUACGUCAGAUAUUGGACAGAUGACUAUAAUGUGGGAACCAUUCUUUACUGAAGACGAAAAUGGACGGUACAGAAUUGUAUUUGAGAAUCCUACCCGACCUGAUGAUAUUAAGGAGAUAAUACUACCCGAUGAUACUCAGACAGUUACGGUAUCUUCUCUCGAACCAGACACAUCAUAUAAUGUACACGUUGAGGCAGUUACUGAUUCAGAUGAAAUCUUUGUACUACCUGUGUCUACUACCGAAGAUGAAUUACCAAGAACACUUCAUCCAUACCGUCUUCUCUUCAAACCCACAAUAACAAGCAUUGAACCGUUUGGCAAUGAUGCAACAAUAAUUAACUGGGCACAACCUCGAAACCAGCAUAGACCUGUUACUCAUUACAUAUUGGAACUGAAACCCAAAUUUUCUGUGGAUCCCACCCAAACUGUGAGAGUAGAAGUCCCUGCCGAUAAGACAUCACACGUUGUUACAGGCCUCCAACCAAACCAAGAAUAUAUUGUCACACUGCAAGCUGCAAACAAACCAACAAAAACUCGUUCAAGCACAACAACAACGGAAUUCAUAACUGGUACACUCACCAUACCUGAAACCACUACCAGACGAACCCAUCGCACAAGACCUUCAACCAGACCGACACAGAUAUCUAGAUUCACCACUCGAAGACAAGUCAUUGUGGUACCAACUGAACCAACGCCUGCACCUGUCGAACCUUAUGAACCAGUUGAAGUUAAUAUAACUUCUUCAACAACAAGGAGACCAAUUCCAUCAAGAAUAACACCUAUAUUAACGAGACCAAUUCCAUCAAGAAUAACACCGAUAUUAACGAGACCAAUUCCAUCAAGAAUAACACCUUUAUUAACGAGACCAAUCAGACCACUUCCACGAACCACACAGCCAAAUGAACCAAAUGAAGGUGGAAACAUCAAGGCCACCACCACAACCCCUGUCCCACAACCGACUGGAGGAACGGUGGAUGAAGAUAUUCGCAGUGCCGGGGUAGAUGCUCUUCCCACUUUCGAUGGUCAAGUUAUAAUUAACUGGACACCUGCAGAAAUACCUGUUGAUCAUUACAUACUAGAAUGGAAACCAAAUGACAGAACCUCACCCGGGACAAAUAUAACUAUACCUGGUGACACCAGUUGGACCAGUAUACCAGAACCUACCAGUCGACCAGGCUAUAUUAUUACGAUAUACACAGUUGACGAUGAAAACGAUCAGACCAUACCGAUUUAUAAUGUACAAUUGUCAAAGUCACCAGAUAAACCUGACGGAUAUAUUCUGAGGUUCAAGCCAUCAGAAGAAGAUGAAAAUCCAGUAACUGUCACUGAAAUUGAUACUCAAGAGAUCUUCAUUCCUGGGAGUAAAACAUCUGUUACACUCCCAGAAGAUGAGUACGCUUAUUUGCCUGGUACUGAAAAUGGAGGUGGGCCAGAUACCACAAUAAUUACUGAUCGUGAGUACGUAAAUUGGAUUCAGCCAGUUGAAAUUCCCGCUCGUCGUGUUGGUGGAUCUAAUACGGUAACACUACGAUGGAACCCAGUGACUACAACAGAGACAUCUCGAGUCAACAGAUUCCGAGUGGAAUUGGUUCCAAUCAAUGAUCCUACUGCAAGAAAAAUAGUGACAUACGUUCCGACUAAUGCCCCCAUGAAUAUUCGAGGUCUGCAACCUGGUGUAUCAUAUCGGCUGUAUGCAAAAUAUAUACAAAAUGAUGGCGAACAUCGCACAGGAGACAUAGCUACCGAUUUUGUAAUUCCUGCUUUUACCAGGCACGGAAUUCCUGUUACUGAAAGACAUUUUGGGGUUAACGAGGUCUGGAUGAGAGAACUUGGAAGAUCUGGAAAUCUUGUUUUACAAUGGAAUGAAUUUCCUGGAGCUACUGAUUAUACUAUUGAAUAUGAAGAAUCACCUGGAGGCACUUUACAGCGAGUUGAUCUUAAGCCAGGGAAACGUUCGAUCGUGUUGCCACGUCUUCCGCCUGGUCAUAUUUACACAAUUAACAUUUAUGCCACAGUGGAUGGUGUGCUGACAAAGAUUUACACAGUUACUGUGCGAAGAAAGGUAACAGGACCAUCUCCUCCACCAAAAGUAGAAUGGUAUAAUAUGUUUGGACACAGUGUCGACUUAUCCUGGACUCCACCACCAAUGUACAUUACUGGCUACAGGAUAACAUAUAGACUGGUAACGACAGAUGAUUCUGCUCCUGAGUAUGUGGUCAAUAUACCAGCUGAUGAAACAACGUACACACUGACUGAUUUGAUUCCUGGUGAAACAUACAAUAUUAUGAUUCAAUCUGUCCGAGAUGAAGAAAUCAGCAGAGCUUUCACUUUCCCACUGCGUAUGCUCAUUCCCACUGUUCGCAAAAUCUACUUUCAGCAGACUUCUCCGAAGGUGAUAGUAAUCCGAUGGCCUCUUCUUCCUGAGUACGUCACAGGUUAUCUCGUGCAGGUCAGACAAGUGUCACCACCCGGACCAGAUCCAAUACAACCCACAGUUCUACUACCUGAUCAGUCUGACUUUACUAUCAAUAAUGUGCAGCCGGAUGUGCGAUACGAGUUCUCUAUUCAGACGAUGAUUGGAGACAAACUAUCUGAUCCAGUUAAAUUACAGCUGUGGAUAUUGAAAGCAGAAAGUCAAAUCUCUAGAGUUGAACAAAGUGGAACAUGGACUGUUACUUGGACUGGUGAUCCAACCAAUGUUGACCACUGGAGAAUUGAAGUCAGGAGGUUGGGUAGCAGCGAAAUUCUGUUUGAAGAAGACAAUAUAAGUCCAUAUACUACAAGUUACCAAUUGCGAAACCUCCCACCCGGCAUCGAUUACAUUAUUUACAUAUAUGGUGUUAAAAAUAACAUGAGUAGUUCUCCCAUCCAAAUAAGAAUUCCUGCUGAUCCAAGUACGACUUUAACUGGACAACAAAUAACACACAGAAGAGAAAAUACUUAUGCUACCGGACAGCGAUUGGUUCGAAAAUUUUAUUUAAAGAGAAGACCAAAUGAAAUUGAGAUCGAACUUAUUCCUGUGACAAGGGUUGACAAGUAUGUAGUAAAAUACAAGAAAAGUACAGAUAUUGCAUAUACAAGUGAUGGUGUUAGAUUAAUUCCUGGAGACCAAAGUACAACUGCACUGAUCGAGUACCUUGAACCAGGAACCGCAUAUAAUGUUAUAGUUAUCGCUUACAAAGGUGAUGCAAAAAGCGAAAUGAAAGUAAAUGUGAAUACUCCACAAAGGAGCGUUAUCAGACAACAACUUUUGCCCCUUCAGGAAAUCCAGAGAAUUCCAGAUGAAACUGGAUUUGUUAUUAGAUGGAACCCGCCAACAGUGCCAAUAUUGCACUACACUGUCAAAUAUGAAUAUACCGAAUUGUCGGAAUCAGAAACAAAGAUUGUGUAUGAGCCGUCUAUUCACGUGCCAAGUAUCUCGCAAGGUCACUCUGCAACUUUCGAAAUUAGCUAUGUAACUCCUGAUGGCCGCACAGGACCCAAGUCCAUUAUGAAUGUGAGCUACCAAACUCCCAGAGUAAGUCGCCCAGCGACUGGGAGAUUUGAUCCAUCAUAUCUGUACGGUGACGAAGAUGACAUAGAGCUUCCUUAAAUUUGUUGCUAAAGCGUAAUAAUAACGAUGCGGGGAAUUACCAAAAAGAAACAAAGAUUUACAGAGCCAGCAUAAUCAACCAAAGAAGCAUUUUUGUCGUUUUUUUCUUUUGCGUUUUUCUUUCGUUCUCUCGUUCGUAUUUAGCUAAUCAUAGUUUUUCAUCUUUACGUCGCAGUGUUAAAGCUAAAUAACAGUUUAAAAAAUCGUACACUUGAACACUACAGUAAUUAUUAAUGAAGUAUUGGUAUCCUAUUGUAUCAUGAACCCUUUUUCUUCCAUUGAAAUUGUACAUGAAAUCGACACAUCGUUGUACAGGUCUCCCAGAGAUAGUGUUGUGAUUUUUCUCUCUCAUUUUUUAACGAAUAUUCACUUAUUAGAUUUCAAAUAUAUCCCAAAUAGUUGACUACAUAUUUCACAUAUAGGUUAUGAUUUAUUGAUGACAUUACAUUAAUAAUCUACAUGCAACAUGAAAAAUUACUUACCAUUUUUUGUUGAUGUAAUAUUGCAUGUAAUUAUUACUCGAUGCUUUAGAGCGAUCUCUUUGUAUGAAUGAUUUCUGAUCUUGAUAUUGCAAAUAAACGUAAGAAAAUAAAUAAA